AUGUCUUACCUGAUAGGGCUGUUGUUCAGUCUGAUAUUUGUCUCGUUCGCAAUAACCGAAGAUGUAUUCCGCCGACCGCCUGGCCCGGGCCCUACGAACGACUACAGCGACAACCCGAUUUACACUCUUGGUGAAAAAGUGAGAUUCGUGUGGGAGUCAGAUCCCCUGAACGACAUCUGGAUUUGGAACAACAAGGCGGACAGUACCACCGGAGAUCGGUCUUCGGCCCGGAUUCUACAGAAUUAUAGUUCUCUGGACUACACAUGGGAGGUCAGCUAUGACGGCUUCCCCGACGACGCCGAUCUAUCUCUGCCUGUGUUUUACCUAGCACUGUACAGUUCCGGGUCGGGGGCGAUAACCGCCACGUCGCAUUAUUUCAACAUCACAGAAGCCUCGACAACCACAGCAGCUGCUUCGAGCCCCACGUCUUCGAGCCAGAGCCAGGCAUCGGCCACUUCAAGCUCUCCUGCCGCGACCGGGACAUCUUCGCAGCAAACUUCACAGUCACUUGGCACAGGGGCCGUCGCAGGGAUAGCUGUCGGUGCAACGCUGGGUACCAUAGCCGUUGUGUCUGUGAUUGGUUGGUUCGUAUGGAGGGCACUGAGGAAGAAGAAACUUGGACAACCCGACAAAGGAGGCGAGCCCGUCGACGGCCCCGCCGACCACCCGAGCUCCAUGGAGGUCAUGAUGUCCACGAGCUUUACGCUGGACGUCAGUGAGAAAAAGGAGUAG